AUGUCACUAAAUACAAGUUGCUUGGCUGUACGUGGAAAUGAUGUGGCCUACUGUCCCAUCGCUCAUGCAUUUUCUAUUGUGACAUCCACCGAUUUUGUCUUAAUUUAUAUGGACAAACAAAAGGUGUCUAUUGAGGCAAAAACUCAUUUAGAGGAGAAUGGAAUUAAAAUAAAAGAUGUAAAUGGUAAACAUCAAGCAGGAGAAGAGAGUAGCAACCUCAUAUGGGUUGAUCCAGCUUCAUGCUGUUAUGCUUUAUAUUCAAAAUUGAACCCUGAUACAGUUCUCUUGCAACAAUCACCUUUGGCUCUUCCAAAAGCUUUAAAGGGUCAUCUACUCGCACUUCAGAACUUCAAUCAUCUUCAAUUGAACCAUGGUUUGAUGCAAGUAGGUUAUGUUAACCAUCCAUCUAUUUCUAGUUUUGAAUCAUCCGACCAUGGACAUAACUUAUCAGUUUUAAUGACAGGAACAAUAUAUGCAACAAGAAAUCUUCUUAUUGGGAGCAACCGGGAGUUUGUUGGGUUCAACACUGAUUCGGACGAGUCUGUUAUCAGUCUCAUAUGA